AUGCCAAGAUUUAUUAAGAUUACUUCUUUGUCAUUGAUUAUGGCUGCUGUAGGGGCGUCAUAUUAUUACUAUUUUGUCAACAAUGAUGGUUAUUACUAUCAGAAAUCCUUAUGGAAACAAAUUGAUGAUAAAGUCACGGACAUUUUACAACAGAAAGAUAGUACAAAUUCUGUAUUCGAGGAAAAUAGGAAGAGACUGAGGGACAAAACUGCUCAGGAACUUGUUGCCAGACCAAUGUCCGAAACAGCAAAAGAUAUAUGGAAUGAACAAAUCAGAAAUAGUUUAGAAUGGUUUUAUUCGUGGGGCAAAUAG